AUGAGAGAAUUGCCACCUUCGGUUGCGGUUAAUGUUCUGGAAGAAUCUAGAACACUUGCUUUUGUAAGUGACUAUUCAACUACUACAACACAACCACAACAUUGGACCACUAUUACAACUACACAAAAUCAGGGAUCAAGGGCAAGUCCAAUAUAUGAUUAUGGCAGAUUUGGAGGUACGAUGAAGGCGACAGUGUUGUGCAAUAUUGAUUGGUUCAAGCCCACGAGUGCAAUGCGGGUGGAAGCAUCCACCACAGCAGUUAUCAUCUUUUGUCUCCAAUCUGACCUCAAAAGAUAUCUUGCGAAAAGGUGGAGGGCAAAAUCGUCAUACAUGGGAUACCUCUGUGGACAUGGAUGGGAACAUCGUAGAUUUACAGACGCCUCCAAAAGCACCUAGAAUAUCAGGUCUGGAGCAGUUGUUGAUGUGAUUCAGAGAAUAUCAGUCUCCAUAUGCUCUUUCGUAACUAAGAAACUUGAGGAAAAUGGUGGAGAAUUGCCAUCUUCGGACAGCUCAAUUAAGGAAGAUCUAUCAAGCUUGACUAUACACCUUUUCCUUUAUAUCAAAGAGAGUCAUGGGAUCGAGAAGGCUUUUCAAUUUCUCAGCAAUGUGGAGUCAGGGGAGGAAGAUGCACUUGUGCUUCACCAUGUGGAAGGGGCAUCUGAUUGUAGAGGCAUGUAUUGCAAGAAAUUUGAGACUAUACUAAUGAAGAAGAUCAUACAUAGCUAUUCAACUGCUAUAACUUUCCCAUAUAUUUUGGAAGGUCCGCAUCCUAGAAACAACAAGACAAAAAUUGAGUGUACUAAUCUUGUUGGAUUUUUGCUUGAUAACCAUUACCCUGAGAUAAGUGGAUAG